CUGGACACGUCCACCAUCCACGGAGACUGGGGCUGGCUCACAUAUCCGGCUCACGGGUGGGACUCCAUCAACGAGGUGGACGAGUCCUUCCAGCCCAUCCACACGUACCAGGUCUGCAACGUCAUGAGCCCCAACCAGAACAACUGGCUACGCACGAGCUGGGUGCCCCGCGACGGCGCCCGGCGCGUCUACGCCGAGAUCAAGUUCACCCUGCGUGACUGCAACAGCAUGCCCGGCGUGCUGGGCACCUGUAAGGAGACCUUCAACCUCUACUACCUGGAGUCGGACCGUGACCUGGGCGCCAGCACGCAAGAAAGCCAGUUCCUCAAAAUCGACACCAUCGCAGCUGACGAGAGCUUCACGGGUGCUGACCUGGGCGUGCGGCGCCUCAAGCUGAACACGGAGGUGCGCGGCGUGGGCCCCCUCAGCAAGCGCGGCUUCUACCUGGCCUUCCAGGACAUCGGCGCGUGCCUCGCCAUCCUGUCUCUCCGCAUCUAUUACAAGAAGUGCCCCACUAUGGUGCGCAACCUGGCUGCCUUCUCGGAGGCGGUGACGGGUGCCGACUCGUCCUCGCUGGUGGAGGUGCGGGGCCAGUGCGUGCGGCACUCCGAGGAGCGGGACACGCCCAAGAUGUACUGCAGCGCUGAGGGCGAGUGGCUGGUGCCCAUCGGCAAGUGCGUGUGCAGCGCCGGCUACGAGGAGCGGCGGGAUGCCUGUGAGGCCUGUGAGCUGGGCUUCUACAAGUCGGCCCCUGGGGACCAGCUCUGCGCCCGCUGCCCUCCCCACAGCCACUCUGCAGCCCCCGCUGCCCAGACCUGCCGCUGUGACCUCAGCUACUACCGCGCAGCCCUGGACCCACCAUCUGCAGCCUGCACCCGGCCACCCUCAGCACCGGUGAAUCUGAUCUCCAGUGUGAACGGCACAUCCGUGACCCUGGAAUGGGCCCCUCCCCUGGAUCUGGGUGGCCGCAACGACAUCACGUACAACGCAGUGUGCCGCCGCUGCCCUUGGGCGCUGGGCCACUGCGAGACCUGCGGGGGCGGCCCCCGCUUCGUGCCGCGGCAGACAAGCCUGGUGCGGGCCAGUCUGAUGGUGGCCAACCUGCUGGCCCACAUGAACUACUCCUUCUGGAUCGAGGCCGUCAACGGUGUGUCCGACCUGAGCCCCGAGCCCCGCCGGGCGGCUGUCGUCAACAUCACCACGAACCAGGCAGCCCCGUCCCAGGUGGUGGUGAUCCGCCAGGAGCGGGCCGGGCAGACCAGCGUCUCCCUGCUGUGGCAGGAACCAGAGCAGCCCAAUGGCAUCAUCCUGGAGUACGAGAUCAAGUACUACGAGAAGGACAAGGAGAUGCAGAGCUACUCCACCCUCAAGGCUGUCACCACCAGGGCCACCGUCUCAGGCCUCAAGCCGGGCACCCGCUACAUGUUCCAGGUCCGAGCCCGCACGUCCGCCGGCUGCGGCCGCUUCAGCCAGGCCAUGGAGGUGGAGACCGGGAAACCCCGGCCCCGCUACGACACCCGGACCAUUGUCUGGAUCUGCCUGACGCUCAUCACAGGGCUGGUCGUGCUUCUGCUCCUGCUAAUCUGCAAAAAGAGGCACUGUGGCUACAGCAAGGCCUUCCAGGACUCGGACGAGGAGAAGAUGCAGUAUCAGAAUGGGCAGGCACCCCCACCUGUCUUCCUGCCCCUGCACCACCCCCCGGGGAAGAUCCCACAGCCCCCGUUCUAUGCAGAACCCCACAAUUAUGAGGAGCCAGGCCGGGCGGGCCGCAGUUUCACCCGAGAGAUUGAAGCCUCCAGGAUCCACAUCGAGAAAAUUAUCGGCUCUGGAGAGUCCGGGGAAGUCUGCUGUGGGCGGCUGCAGGUGCCGGGGCAGCGGGACGUGCCCGUGGCCAUCAAGGCCCUCAAAGCCGGCUACACCGAGAGACAGCGGCGGGACUUUCUGAGUGAGGCGUCCAUCAUGGGUCAGUUUGACCAUCCCAAUAUCAUCCGCCUAGAAGGUGUCGUCACCCGUGGCCGCCUGGCAAUGAUCGUGACCGAGUACAUGGAGAACGGCUCUCUGGACGCUUUCCUGCGGACUCACGACGGGCAGUUCACCAUCGUGCAGCUGGUGGGCAUGCUCAGAGGCGUGGGGGCCGGCAUGUGCUACCUCUCGGACCUGGGCUACGUCCACCGAGACCUGGCUGCCCGCAACGUCCUGGUUGACAGCAACCUGGUGUGCAAGGUGUCCGACUUCGGGCUCUCCCGGGUGCUGGAGGACGACCCUGACGCAGCCUACACCACCACGGGAGGCAAGAUCCCGAUCCGCUGGACGGCCCCCGAGGCCAUCGCUUUCCGGACCUUCUCCUCGGCCAGCGACGUGUGGAGUUUCGGUGUGGUCAUGUGGGAGGUGCUGGCCUACGGGGAGAGGCCCUACUGGAACAUGACAAACCGUGACGUCAUCAGCUCCGUGGAGGAGGGGUACCGCCUGCCCGCGCCCAUGGGCUGCCCCCGCGCCCUGCACCAGCUCAUGCUUGACUGCUGGCAGAAGGACAGGGCCCAGCGGCCUCGCUUUUCCCAGAUCGUCAGCGUCCUCGAUGCCCUCAUCCAGAGCCCUGAGAGUCUCAGGGCCACUGCCACUGUCAACAGGUGCCCCCCCCCUGCCUUUGCCCAGAGCUGCUUUGACCUUCGUGGGGGCGGGGGUGGCGGCGGGGGCCUCACCGUGGGGGACUGGCUGGACUCCAUCCGCAUGGGCCGCUACCGGGACCACUUCGCCGCCGGCGGGUACUCCUCCCUGGGCAUGGUGCUGCGUAUGAAUGCUCAGGACGUGCGUGCUCUGGGCAUCACCCUCAUGGGCCACCAGAAGAAGAUCCUGGGCAGCAUCCAGACCAUGAGGGCCCAGCUGACGAGCACCCAGGGGCCCCGCCGGCACCUCUGA